AUGGACGCAUUAGACGGCCAUGUGUUGCUCCGCGUGGCCGACGCAACCGGCGAUCUUCUUCCCACCAUCGCCCGUCUCGCCUCGCUCUCCCGCGCCUUCGCGCGUGUCUCCCGCGAUGAGCUCUGGCCGCUUUACUGCCUCUCGCGCGCCGCGCGUACCGACGAGGGCGAGGCGGCGGCGGUGGUUGCGCGCCUUGUGCGCGAGGCGGGCAGCACCGACGCCCCGCGGAACGCGGCGAGCAGUCUGGCGCGCUGCGUGAGCGCGUGCCCGGGCAUGGCGCACGCGUGCUCCGCCGCGCUGGGAGUGGAUGCGCCGAGGCCGCCGCCAGUGCCGCGGGUGGGGGGGUCAGCUACAGGGGCGGAUGCAGCACGCGGGGAAGCGGAUGGGGUAGAGGGAAGCGCGGCGGGGGGAAGAUGCGAAAACGGGUUGAGGGGGGGCGGUGUAGGAGGCAACGAGGGGGUUGAGGAGGGUACGCGGGCAGAGCGUGAGAGAGGUGCGGGGGGAGGCGCGGGGGAGGUCAUGCGCAGUGAGGCAGCAGGCGGAGGCAACCGCGGUACUAGCGCGAGUGGCAGUGAGCGCGGUGGAGAACGGGAUGCUCCCACUGAUACCCCUCACACCAAUCCCUCUCUGCCCACCGCAUCCGCUGCUUCUCCUCCUCCAGUCGCCCCUCAUCUCGACGACCUCUGCUCCCUCUGCUCCGACCUCGCCCCUCAGCUCUUCUGCCCCGAGUGCUUCCUCCCCGCCCCUUCCUUCCUCCUAUCACCUCCUCCUGGCUUCACUCCUCCGCGCACCUCUCUCCCACCCGCCACCACCUCCACUCCCUCCCUGCCGCCAUGCUCCUCAUUGGGAGAGGAACAGGCAGUGGAGGAUGAAGGGGGAGUGAGGCGGGACGGAAGGGCGGAAGAAGUAACGCUGGGAGAAGUUGGGGGAGGAGAAGUUGGGGAGGGAGAAGUGGGGGAGGGAGAAGUGAGGGAGGGAGAAAUGGGGGAGGGAGAAUUGGGGAAGCGAGAAGUGGGGGAGGGAGAAAUAAGGGAAAGCAAAGCGGGGGAGGGAGAAUUGGGGGAGAGAGAAGUGGGAAAGGGAGAAGUGGGGGAGGGUGCAGCUGUGGUGAUGCGGACAAGGGGGUGUGGGGCGCAUUGGAGGGGGAUGGAUCACUGCUGUGUGGUGCGGGGAGCAAUUGCAGGGUUCAGGCAGUCACGAUUCCGCUGGCUGCUGCAAGGCCAGCCGUUUGCCCAAGGCAUGUGCCCCUUCUGCCAUGGCCAGGCAUGGAACGCCACUGCUCUGCUGCAACCUGCAGCUCACACUGUGCUGGGCUGUGCUGAGGGCGAUGUGUGCUGCUUUAUCUGCACCCAGGGUCACUUGUUUGGUUUGUACAAGUCACGGCGCUCUGCCUUUGAUGGCAUGGAGGACUGGGAUGACUUGCUGGAUGACAUGGACGACGAUGCCGUGGAUUUUGAUGACAUGUUUGACGAUUACAUGGACGGCAAUGACAUGGACGACGGUGUCGUGGAGGAUGAAUAUGGCGAUUAUGACGCAUUUGAAGAUGCCUUCGACGAUUACAGAGAGAUGAUAGCAGAGGAAUUUGAAAACGAGCCGGAUUGGUUCUAG